CUUAACUUGGACCAGAAACUUCAAGAACCCAAUCCCCUCCGUCAAGAUCUUUCAAGGAUCUUUAUUCUUCAUACGUGGCAGCGCACAGUUGAGUCGUACUACGAGCCACCGUAUCUCAUCCUUCAAGACAACAUUUCUCAGGCUACUAAUACAGAGAAACUGCAGUGCAUUCUACGUAGUGCAGCCAGAUCGCAAUAGGCAUUCAUGGUUCGUACUUCACAGGCGACUACCUUCUCAUCUUCUGCCUACUUCGACGAUCGGGGGCCGCACGGUACUGCUCAGCCGAUUACCGAACAUGUCAAUCCACAUUCUCGUCCUAUAGUUUCAUAUUUUUUCCCUAAAGGCGUCGGUGAACAUCAUUAUGGGGAACGUCAUCCGAUGAAACCACACAGACUGACCUUGACCAAUGCCCUGGUCAUGGGCUAUGGUCUUGACAAGCAAAUACAUCACAUAUAUAAUCCCCGUCCAGCUACUCAAGCUGAAUUGGAGAUGUACCACGACCACGACUACAUUGACUUUCUUUCACGCGUGACGCCAAAUAACCAGAACGAAAUGCGGCAUCUCAUUGACACGUUCAACUGUGUUGAAGACUGCCCAAUAUUUUCUGAAAUGUAUGAUUUUUGUCGUAUGUAUGCUGGAGCUUCCCUUGCAGGCGCAAGGAAGCUUACGGCAGGUGCUUGUGAUACUGCAAUUAAUUGGUCGGGUGGGCUUCACCAUGCCAAGCGUGGAGAAGCGAGUGGUUUCUGCUAUGUCAACGAUAUUGUUCUGGCAAUCCUUGAACUUCUGAGCUCGCGUUUUUACCAUUCGAAUCGUGUUAUGACGGUAUCCUUCCACAAAUACACCGGCGAUUUCUUCCCUGGGACGGGUAAACUCGACGAUAACGGUACAAGCUUGGGCAAGCACUUUUGCCUGAAUGUGCCUUUACAAGACGGGAUCGAUGAUGAUAUGUACUUGACAAUAUUCAAAACUGUCAUUGAAGAUACCGUCACGGCUUUCCGCCCGACAUCUAUUGUCUUGCAGUGCGGCGCAGACUCGUUAGGAUGUGACCGACUUGGGGCAUUUAAUCUAUCCAUCGCAGCUCAUGGCGAAUGCGUGAACUUUGUCAGGAAGUUCAAUGUACCACUGCUUGUAUUAGGAGGAGGCGGCUACACCAUAAAAAAUGUCAGCCGCUGUUGGACAUAUGAAACUGCCGUUCUUGUCGGGGCGACAAUACCUGAUGAGCUUCCAGCUACAGUUUAUGAUCCAUUCUUUCGCGACUCGCAGUGGAAGCUUCAUCCACCCCUCACAGGACGCGUCGAGAACCAAAACUCCCCUGCAUCAUUGCAACGAAUAACUAUUAGCAUUCGGAAUAAACUGCGGUAUUUGCAGGGUGCACCAAGUGUAGCCAUGCAAGAAAUACCGCCUGACCUGGAGGGUUGGCUUGCCGACGAAGAACGUAAACAGGAGGAAAUCGAUGAAGAGCGGGGAACUGUGCUCGCAGGAGAACGAAGAAGCGACCGGUCAAUGGCGCGUAAUGAGUUCUUUGAAGGGGACAACGAUGUGGACCAGGACGAGGGCCCUGUAUCUGUGAAGAGAACCGUCAGCUCAAGAAAGCCCCGUGCGUCAGGAAAGCGGGCACGGGGAAAGGCAAGAGGGAGACCGAGUGCCAGUGCAAAAGAGGACGGGGAGGAGAUAGAAGAAGUGCCGGUCGCGGCACCCCCUCGCUCUACGAAGUCAAGGAGAACGGCGAAACCCCGAGCCCGAGCCCGCGCAAAACCGGUAGAAAAAGAUAAAGACGUUCCGGAUGCAGAUUUCGAAGUUGCUGCCGAUGCAGAGACUGACGCACCGACUCCAGUGGAUUUGGAGAUUGAUAUAUCGUGAAGCUGCAACGCUCGCCGUUCCGUUCACUUCGGAAUCUAGAUGUUCGAUGCGUUUGUGAAACGCUGAUUGGUAUACCUAUCAUUGCUUCCUUCUCUUGAUAUGGUCCGCGAUACCUCUUCUCAAUGGCGUUUUUAUGUAUAGUAUAGCUGUACAUUUGGUCGGAGGCAUCAGGUGCCUUAGCUACUCGCGCACCUGUCACUGCCAUGCCUCCGCGUGUUGAAUUGACCAUCUUGAUUCUGC